AUGGGAAAGGAAGAGGAGGAACCGAACAGGCCUGCCUCGGGCAGGGGGGAGAAGGUGUGCUUCGACUCAUGCCAGCCUGACCCACCAGCAGCAGCGGAUGGCUAUCACCCAGACAAGCAGGGCCCAGAUGUGUCAGUGACUGAGGCAGAGGAGCACUUACACAGGUUCAUUGAGGUCAACCAGGCUUGGAAGGUCCUGAGCAACAAGGAAACAAAGAGAGUGUAUGAUCUGCAGUUAUGUGCCGGUGAACUGAAUCAAAGUUGGCCAGUCGAUGCCCGUGUCAGUCUGGACGACAUGACUUCCGAUGACGAUAACGAGGUGUAUGCCUAUGGCUGUCGCUGUGGAGGGGAAUUCUCCAUUGGAAGAGAGGCAGCGGAUGAAAAGGCCAUUGUGUGCCGUGACACCUGUUCACUCAGCAUAAGAAAAAGUUGUGUGACCGUGCUUCUUGCUCCACCACAGGGUGACCCCAGGGUGUGGGAAACGGGCCCGUCCAUCCCCUCGCUGAGCGGACACAAUAUCGACCCGCCGUCCCCCCAAAUGACCAGCAGGGAGUGA